ACGCCUUUAUUCCCUAUAAAUACCAAACCCCCUAAACUCCAAUGUUCCAUUCCUUUAUUCAUUUCCUUUUUACACAACCCAAAAGAGUAAACUACCUUCCUUCCUUCUUGCCAAAAGUUGAUCAUCACAUCAUCAUCAUGAAGAGAAGCAUAACAGAGCUCGAUCACAGCGUAACCAUGGCGAACUGCUUGAUGCUGCUCUCUCGAGGCAACGACUACGACUCGUUGAUCUCCACUACCUCAUCGCCGACGUCCUCACCUAGCCGCGUCUUCGAGUGCAAGACAUGUAAUCGUCAGUUCCCUUCGUUCCAGGCACUCGGAGGACACAGAGCGAGUCACAAGAAGCCGAGGCUUGCCGGAGGAGACGGAUCGAGUUCCGACAGCCAGUCGUCUUCGCCGAGCAAACCCAAGACGCACGAGUGCAACAUAUGCGGGUUGGAGUUUGCUAUAGGUCAGGCCUUAGGGGGUCAUAUGAGAAGGCACAGAGCGGCGGUGACUGAUAACGACCACCGGAAUCUUAAUGGAGCACAAUCGAAACCUAUGAUGGGUUUGAGUUCUAAUCUGGGACAAGGAGUUGUUCCGGUUUUGAAGAAGACGAAUAGCAGUCGGAGAGUUUUGUGUUUGGAUCUCAACUUGACGCCCUUUGAGAAUGACAUGGAGAUUCUUGGAAUAGGGAAAACAACUCCUCCUCUUGUUGAGUUUAUUUUCUAGAUAGUUCAUAGAAUUUGAGUUCAUUUUGUACUGUAAAUCAUCACAUAGAGUUGCCCAGGCUGGGAUACCGUAUAUGAUACGAUCCAUUUGUAUUUCUUCAUUAAAAUUUUAAUUACAUAUAAUAAGAAACAGAUUAUUUUC